AUGGCUUCUUACUACUUCCUCUUGUUUGUUCUUGUUGCUGCUACUACACUUUCUGAAGCAUAUGCCAAGAAGAGGUUAUCUGCAGACUUCUACUCGACCAGCUGCCCUGAACUAUUACCAAUAGUGAAUAAAGGGGUCAUCAGAGCCAUUAAAAAUGAAACUCGCAUAGGAGAUUCCUUGCUUCGAUUGCAUUUCUAUGACUGCUUUGUAAACGGCUGUGAUGCAUCAAUAAUGUUGGAUGAUACGACCAGUUUCAUUGGAGAGAAAACGGCGGCAGAUAGUAAUAAUUCAGCUAGAGGAUUCAAUGUGAUUCAUGACAUUAAAGCCAUGGUGGAGAAAUCAUGUUUUCUAGCUUGGGAAGAAGGGAUUCUACCAACCACAGCUAGUAGAGCUGAUGCCAAUAACAUCAUUCCUGCACCUUUUCUCAAUCUAAGCCCUCUCAGAACAAAAUUCUCUAAUAAGGGCCUCUCGGUGAAGGACUUGGUGCCUCUUUCUAGGACCAAGUGCUAA